GAAAGCCCAGCCCCCAAUGUGAGGAGCAGAGUUCCCACCCAUCCUAUUCUCCCUCUGCCUCACCUGAGGCUUUGGGACCCUGGAGACCCCCCUGGGAAGUUCCCCGGCACUAGUGGCUGGAGGGGUGGGGGAACUGUCUCUUUAAGAGUAGGAAUGGGGUGAGAGAACCCCUGAGCUUUAGGGAGCCCGCUCACUCGUCUGGGCGUCUGGGCUCGUCUCGCCUACCUGCCCAGGUUUGCUUAGGGCGGGGCAGCUGCGGAUAAAGGCAGGACUGGGCUGCGCAGGCACCCCCCUCCCGGAACCUGGAGCCUCACGCAGCCUGGGGAGCCACACAGGGCGAUCCACUGGAAGCCUCGCUUCGGGUCCAGUGGUUGUUACUGCUGCGCCCUCAUCAGGCCGCGCUCCCACCCGGCCCCGCCCGCUGUUCGCUGUUCGGCUCUUCUCCUCUCCCAGCCUUUCUGCCCUGGGGCGAGCGGCGUGCAGGGGUGGGGAGCAGAGUAGGAGGGGAUUGGGAACCAGAGGCACCGGCCUGGCAUCCUGUUGGCCCUGCUAAAGCUGGACCCUCCCCCCGGACCCCUCCAGUGCUGGCACGUCGACAUGCAAGACCUGGUGGCCCUGAGCCUGCUCGUCCUCCUGGCAGGCCUGCCUGCCCUGGAAGCCAACGACCCCGAAGAUAAAAACAGUCCUUUCUACUAUGACUGGCACAGCCUCCGGGUCAGCGGGCUCAUCUGUGCGGGGAUUCUGUGCGCCGUGGGCAUCCUGGUCCUCAUGAGUGAGUGGAGGAGCGGGCGGGGGGGGGGGGGGGGGGGGGCGGGCAAGGCAGGGCUGGGGGCCCCUCCCCUGACCAUUCCCCUCCCCCCAACAGGUGGGAAAUGCAAAUGCAAGUUCCGCCAGAAGCCCAGCCACCGACCAGGGGAUGCCCCACCUCUCAUCACUCCAGGCUCUGCCCAGUAACUGCUGAGGAUGGACCAGCCAUAAGAGCUCGGAGGGCCUCUCUCUUUUCCCAAGUCCAUGCUCGGCACAGGAGCCUGAACUCCUGGACGGAAUUCUCCCUCCUCUCCUCAGAUGGCUUUGCCAGGGCCUCAUCCCACCUCUCACUGGAGGGGUCUCUUUGUUCAGUUUUUAAUCUAAAAUGAUCUUGCCUCCUGCCCAAUCA